AUGGCUGAGUUUGAAGACGGAUGGCAAGUGUGCGGCGACAGAAGCGCGCACCCGCGCUCCUGGGUGAAAUUACACUUCGGCAGUAAUGGGAACGGGAGUGGUGUUCCAGACUCCGUUUCUAUUUAUAACGGCGACAUGGAAAAAAUACUGCUGGACGCCCAGCAUGAAUCUGGACGGAGCAGCUCCAAGAGUUCUCACUGUGACAGCCCGCCACGCUCGCAGACCCCACAGGAUACUAACAGAGCUUCUGAGACAGACACACACAGUAUUGGAGAAAAGAACAGCUACCAGUCUGAGGAAGAUUACCUGGAGAGAAGGAAAGAAGUCGAAAGCAUCUUGAAGAAAAACUCGGACUGGAUUUGGGAUUGGUCCAGCCGGCCAGAAAACAUCCCCCCGAGCAAGGAGUUCCUGCUCUUCAAGCGCUCGCCGCGCGCCUCCGCACUCAGCAUGCGCGACACGCGCGUCAUGAAGAAGGGCGGCGUCUUCUCCGCCGAGUUCCUCAAGGUCUUCCUGCCCUCGCUCCUGCUGUCCCAUCUGCUGGCCAUCGGCCUGGGGAUCUACAUCGGGAGGCGCCUGACGACGUCCACCAGCACCUUCUGAGGACGCCUUGGCCGCGCUCGCGCAGUGGGGACGUGCUGUCCGCGGCACAGCUCACAGGGGAUGCGGACCUGUGUCGUUCUCCUCACUCAGUAAAAUAAAGACACUAAGACCAUGCUCUCCCAUAAUCAUACUUAUGGGAUCACGUAAUAAGCAUGUCACUGAUUAAUAUCUACUGUAAUAAUUUGGUAGUAACCGGUCUUUGGAUAUUAUAAAUAUUUAAGUAUAAAUAAUUUUAACAUAAAAAAAAAAAAAAAAGCCGCACACACCACGUCCACUCACAUAUUAUUAGCCAGAACGUAGUCAUGAGGCUACAGGACUGCAAGCCAGGCUGGAGAAUGUUGUCUUUAUUCUGAUCCGCCAUGUGCCCAGCCACGAAUUGCCUCUAUGACAGUCUGUGCUGUGUUAGUCAUUCGUAAUUUUCUUUGGAUUCCCAGGUGAGAGUAGAAAAUGGUAGAGCCAAGACUCUAAGUGCUGAAAAUGUUGGUAA